AUGAGUUCUGAGAUUUGUAAAUUAACACCUUCAGGAAGAAUCAAAAAACCUUCAUAUGCUAAUAUUGCUAGUUGGAAAAAAAGUAAAAAAACUGAAUUAAUUCAUAUUGAUGAUAAAGAAAAUCAAAGUAAUGAUGAAGAAGAAGUUAGUCAUAAUAGUGAUACAGAUGAUAUAAAUGAAUAUAAAAAACAAGAAAUAGAUUAUGAUAAUGAAGAUAAUUUAUAG